AAUAUGAAAAUCAUGAAGAAAAAAUCAACCACAUGCUAUACCAACCAUCCAAGAGUAAAGGAUAACCACAACCCAUCUCCCAAUCUUCAUCAUAGUAGACUACUCUUCUUCUUCUCUGCUUUCCUCUGUUUUUUCAUAAUCCAUUUCCCACGAAACACUAACCCUUUAUCGAUCCCCAUGGCGGCGGCAUUAUCCACGGUGGUCGGAUCUCAGCCGGCGAUCAAAGUCAUCGCUCUCUGCGGUUCUCUUCGCCAAAAUUCUUACAACAGAGGCCUCAUUCGUGCUGCGACGGAGAUAGCGAAGGAGUCGAUCGAUGGAUUGCACAUCGAAUUUAUAGAUAUCUCCCCUUUGCCAAUGCUCAACACCGAUUUGGAGGUUGAUGGAACAUAUCCGCCCGUCGUCGAGGCGUUUCGGCGGAAGAUUCUUGAAGCCGAUAGCUAUCUCUUUGCUUCGCCGGAAUAUAACUACUCUAUUACCGCACCAUUGAAGAAUGCAAUAGACUGGGGAUCAAGGCCACCAAAUGUAUGGAGAGACAAAGCAGCAGCAAUUGUGAGUGCAGGUGGUGGCUCUGGUGGACUAAGAUCACAGUACCAUCUUCGCCAAGUUGGAGUAUUUCUUGACCUCCAUUUCAUAAACAAGCCUGAGUUUUUCUUGAAUGCAUUUCAGACACCCCCCAAGUUCGGCAGCAACGGCGACUUGAUUGACGCUGAAGUUCGAGAGAGGUUGAAGGCUCUUCUUCUGGCCUUGCGUGCAUUUUCCUUGAGACUUAAAGGAACUAACCCCCCCGUAGAUUGUUGAACUAACAUCAUGAGAUGUUUUAUAUGCUGUGUUGUGUGCUGCUGUCUUAAUAAUCAUGGACAACUUGAUCUCUAUGUCCGACAAACAUGUGUUGUAUAAUAGAUAGGUCCAACAUUUGUUAGAACGAAUCAACACUAUUUAGUUUUGAAUAAAUUUUGAGAGCAAAAUAUCCCUCAAACUCAUUUUUAAA